AUGGCAUCAUCAUCAUCAUCUUCGUCUUAUGCCAGUAAGGUGUAUGAUGUUUUCUUUAGUUUUAGAGGCGAUACACGAAAAAACUUUAUCGAUCAUCUUUAUACAAAUUUAAGACAAGCCGGAGUCAACAUUUUUCGAGAUGAUGAAGGAAUCGAGAAGGGUGAGAACAUCUAUGUUGAGCUAUUUAAGGCCAUUGAAGAGUCGAGAAUAUCUAUCAUUGUAUUCUCUAAAACAUAUGCUCGAUCUAGAUGGUGUCUAGAUGAACUUGUGAAGAUCAUGGAACGUAAAAAACAGUUGAAACAUACUGUUUUCCCCAUAUUCUAUGAUGUUGAUCCAUCAGAGGUCCGCAACCAGACAGGCGAGUUUGGUGAUGCAUUGGCUCGACAUAGAGAACGAUUUGGAGAACAAAAAGUUGAUGAAUGGAAAACGGCACUCUCUAUGGCUGCUAAUUUGUCCGGAUGGGAUUUGCAAACUAUGGCAAAUGGGUAA